AUGGAGGGGAAUUUGCAAAUUGAGGAUAUUGCGCUUAAUUUGAGGACAAUUGAGGAGCCAGGCACGGCAUCAUUGAGCAAGGUGAAAGAUGGAAAUAACAGCAGUAGUCGUUGUAUCGACAUAUAUUCGGAGAGAAAGAAACUGGAGAAAGUACGUGAGAAGUUCGGUAAAAAUUACUAUUUGAGACGUAAACAUGGGCGGGCGGUGAAAUUGGAAAAAGUACUGCAUGGGACAUUUGAACUCAUGACCUCUAGCAUGUCAGGCAAGGAUCUUAUCCAUACACCAGAGGUUAUUGCUAUUGUGUCGAUUGUCACUACACCUGUCGAUGAAUCACGACUGUCGAGGUUACAUCUUUACAACCGUAAAAAAUAA